CGCGGCGGCGCCCGUCGGUGCUGCAGAACCGCUGCCAGAGGAUCGUUUUAAAGGGCCCGCGCGCCGCCGCCCCCUCGGCCCGCCAUGCUGCUACCCGUGCCGCUGCUGCUCGGCCUUCUUGGCCUGGCCGCCGCCGAGCCUGCCGUCUACUUCAAAGAGCAGUUUUUGGACGGAGACGCCUGGACCAACCGCUGGAUCGAAUCCAAACACAAAUCCGAUUUCGGCAAAUUCGUUCUGAGUUCCGGCAAGUUCUACGGGGAUCAGGAGAAGGAUAAAGGCUUGCAGACAAGUCAGGAUGCCCGCUUUUACGCCCUGUCGGCCAGAUUCGAACCUUUCAGCAACAAGGGCCAGACGCUGGUGGUGCAGUUCACAGUGAAGCAUGAACAGAACAUCGACUGUGGGGGUGGCUAUGUGAAGCUGUUUCCGGAUAACCUGGACCAGAAGGACAUGCACGGAGACUCGGAAUACAACAUCAUGUUCGGCCCAGACAUCUGUGGUCCUGGCACUAAGAAGGUUCAUGUCAUCUUCAACUACAAUGGCAAGAAUGUGCUGAUCAACAAAGACAUCCGGUGCAAGGAUGAUGAAUUCACACACCUGUACACGCUGAUUGUGCGGCCUGAUAACACCUAUGAAGUGAAGAUUGACAACAGUCAAGUGGAGUCAGGCUCCUUGGAGGAUGAUUGGGACUUCCUGCCACCAAAGAAGAUAAAGGAUCCUGAUGCUGCCAAGCCAGAUGACUGGGAUGAACGUGCUAAGAUUGACGACCCCACAGACUCCAAGCCUGAGGACUGGGAUAAACCUGAACACAUCCCAGAUCCUGAUGCCAAGAAACCUGAGGACUGGGAUGAAGAGAUGGAUGGAGAAUGGGAACCACCAGUGAUUCAGAACCCUGAGUACAAGGGUGAGUGGAAGCCAAGGCAGAUCGAUAACCCAGAUUACAAGGGCACCUGGAUCCACCCAGAAAUCGACAACCCCGAAUACUCCCCGGAUGCAAACAUUUAUGCUUACGAUAACUUUGCCGUGCUGGGCCUAGAUCUCUGGCAGGUCAAAUCUGGUACCAUCUUUGACAACUUUCUCAUCACCAAUGAUGAGGCAUAUGCAGAAGAGUUUGGGAACGAGACAUGGGGUGUCACAAAGGCUGCAGAGAAGAAGAUGAAGGACAAACAGGAUGAGGAGCAGAGACUUAAGGAAGAGGAAGAAGACAAGAAGCGCAAGGAAGAGGAGGAAUCGGAAGACAAGGAUGAUGAGGAGGACAAAGAUGAGGAUGAAGAGGACGAGGAGGACAAGGAAGAAGAGGAGGAGGAAGAUGCCACUGGCCAGGCCAAGGAUGAGCUGUAGAGGCCACGACACCCCUCCAGGGCUGGACUGAGGCCUGUGCGCCCUGCUGCAGAGCUGGCUGCGCCAAAUAAUGUCUCUAUGAGACUCGAACUUUUUUUUCCAGGCGGGUUCAGAUUUGGGGUGGAUUUUGAUUUGUGUCCCCCGCCUUUUUUUUUUUUUUUUUUAAACAGUUCUGUCUCUGAAUCUCCUUCAGCCCUCAGUCUCCUCUUGCCUUUUCUCUUUUAACCAACCUCUUUCUCCUUUCCAGAAUCCCUUAGUUACCCUGAGGGCAAGGGUGUGGAGGAGAAGCCCUAGGCUUGAGAUUCCAUCUGCUCUCCUUCCUGGAGCCCAGAGAGGGGCAGCAGAAAGGGGUGGCUUCUUCAGCCCCCCAGCACUGAGGAAAAAUGGGGCACUCCCCAUCCCUUUUUCUCCCCUGCCUCUUGACUGGGCCAUUUCUGGGUGGGGCAGCGGAUUCCAGUUUGGCUCACAGUGAGAAUGUAAGAACUACAAACAAAAUUUCUAUUAAAUUAAGUUUUGUGUCUC